AUGGGCUGUGUGAACUCGACCCCAGUUCAGGAGAGGAACGUUGAGGUUACAGAACAGCUUUCCAUAGCGCCCUCUCAGCCUUUCAGCCUGUCGGGAAUGACGGAAAGUGCUUCCUGGACGCCUGGGGAGAGGAACCGAGCCAAGAUGCCUCCAAUGUCAACACUGCCAGAUUACAACCAGAAAGCCCCGAUCAUCAAGGACAAUCCUACUCAUCUUCCUCCUCACCCAAAGGAAGUUGAUGUCUCCAAGUUGGAUGUGCCCGCUUUGUCGAAGCUCCUCAUUGAUAACCGGAAGAACACUGAACAGGGUACAACAUCUGUUGCACCUCAGGUACCUUUCAUGGCUCCUUCUCCUGAAGGAGACAAGCCCGACGACCCAAACAUUUCUAGGAAGUCUAAGCACGCGAAGGUUAUCAUCACAUCCCCUUUCGAUUCGUCCGUGAGGUAUUCCGUUGAAGAUCCUUCUGACGUUGUUUUUGGCGCUGAUGCUUUCCCCCGAGGUGAAGAGAAUCUUUCUGCCGACGACACCAUUUGGUCUGAAAAAAGGGAGUUCAUGCCAAGCUAUAAAUAUGUAAAGUCUCUGGAUAAGCGUGCUCUUAAGGCACCUGAAGAACUAAGGAGAGGUAAACCAGAAAAGAUCGUCAGUUACCUAACCAAAGGAGCUAAGAAUGACUUCCAGAGGUUCAGGGUGUUAUUCCGUUGGGUGGCUCACGCUAUAUCUUACGAGGUCCACAUUGGUCCCGACCACGAAGAUCAUGGUAUUUCACCGCUGGAUGUUCUUCAAUCUGGGAAAGCAGAUUCAUGUGGCUACUCCAAUCUUUUGCAGUACCUGUGCAGUUUGGCAAGUCUCACAUGUGAGGUGGUUGUGGGAUACACCAAAAACCUUCUGCCUGGCAAGACACCCUUUGCGCAUGCCUGGAAUAGAAUACGUCUUAAUGGUCGCUGGUAUCUUUCAGAUUGUACGGCUGCAUCUUACCCCUCAGAUUCUUCAUGCUGUCCAGAUAAGUUCAGAGAGUAUGAGUUUUUAGCUGAUCCGCAAUACUUCCACUCUCGACAUCUACCUGCGCCACUGGACAGAUACGGUGAGCCCGUCCCUUACACUUCACUGCAACAUUUCAAUAUCCAACCCACGUUUGGAGCGUUGGCAUCUCUCUGUAACUUGAAGGUCCAAAGUCAUAACCUUGGAGUGAUACGCGCAGAUGACCAAAACCAUGUCCGCAUCACUAUGACGAGUUCUGUUCCUAUGAUAACGUGGACGUCGUUGACGGCGUCAACGGACUUCAUCGACCACCGGGAUCAUGCGGUACAGUGGUGGGAUGGCAACGUUUUACAUAGCGACCUCAAUCUGCCACACAAUGGCAUCUGGGACUUCAAGGUCUUCGGGCAGUUGGUUUGUGACAUUGGUAGGGAUCGCGAUCCAAAUGCAAUUUUGCCUCCAACCGUUAUAGACACGGGACACUGUCACUUGGUAGCAUUCACAAUCAUCGCCAAAGGAGGAGUGACGAAUCCUCCUCUCAUUUGCCCUGACUCAGGAAUGUGCGGGUCAAUGAUCACCUGUGCUCAAGUUCGUCCCUUGACGCAUGUUUCGCCGUUUUUGGAUGCCGAGUACGGCAAGGCUGUUGUAGGGUUUAUCACCGAUGAUUACAGAGUAAAACUAGUGUACAGGUUCUUCAAUGUUGACAACUUCCAACGCUUCAUUUCCAAUCAUGUGUAUAUGGAGAGGGUUGGAGAUAGGGUGAUGGUACACGUCUUUUGCCCCGCUCCGGGACGGUAUGUCCUGCGUAUGCUGAUCAACACAUCUGGCAAGGAUUACAGUCGACAAGGGGAGUACCUGAUCAAGGAUACUGGAGAAAAAGAGACCCUAUACACUAUGACUUUCUCGCAAACAAUGGGAUUCAAUGUUUGGGGUCCGAAUGAGAACUUUGCGGACUACGGUAUGAAGGUGACGUCGGGGCACUCAUCCUCCACGAUCAUAGCCACUGAAGGAGAAGUCCAACUGAAGAUGAGCUGGCCGACGAGCAAGGACUUAGUUUUGUCUUGCUGUCUGCAGGACGUCAAACAGGAAGAUCGCCUUCAAAGCCGCCGUGUCAUCAUCCACACUACUAGCGAUUCAUCGAAAUCGAUAUCUGUCACGACAUUCCACAUCCGGAUGAGAGAGACUGGCUACUUCGUCCUGCAGGUGUACGCACGUCCGAAAGAAUGUACCCAGAAUAAACGUGUUGGCGGAUGGCUUCUCGUAGUGCGUACGAUGUCUAACAAACCAAGAUUCCCUGUGGAAGGUCUCAUUUGCGGACCCAAUGAUAUCUUCUACAGACUUGGCAUGAGGACCUCCGUGUCCAAGCUGGAAACGAGCGAUGGUAAGGGCCACAUCGACAUCUCCUAUGAUUCUGACGUCGGACGGACAUUCAGAUACGAUGUAACAUCAGCAACGCGUGACGGCUACGACGUCAUCACCGUGCAAACCAAGGCUAUCAAACAGCAUUCCGUCUUCUUAACUUUAUUUCACUUCGUUUUCCCAGAGCCUAAUGUAUAUGCCAUUCGUAUUAUGACAUUAGGAGAGGCGUAUGAAUGGAAUACGAUUGGGUCCUGGAUCGUUAUCUAUGAUCCGUCAAUCUCAUCUACAUCGGAUAAACAACUUCGAUCUUCUUCAUUUUCUUGA